AUGGGUGUGGAACAAUGGGAAGGGGCAGCAGGCUUCAGGUGGCCCCACCCCUACCAGGCCAGUAGGUCCUCCCCUCCUUGUUCUGGUCCUGGCUGCAGCUUUGUGCCUCCUGUCUCCUGCAGCCCCCUGGGCCAGCAUCAUGAUACCAACCGCAUUCGUCAGCUUUUAUGUCCAGACCCCUCCUGUGAGGUGUGUAAUAAUGCAACCGCUGAAAUCAAGGAGCUGCUGUACUCAGAGGCCCUGGAAGAUUCUACUCCCUCUCUGUCCCCUUUGGCUUCCACCGCUCCUGUCACUGAGGCCUUGUUCACUCAGUCCUCUGCCAUCUCAGCAGUCCCUCCAGGAGACAAAAUACCACCUCCUCUGCCUGAGCCUUUCUCAUCACCGGGUCAAACCCUGUCUCCAGAGCCUUUCACUCCCUCAGAAUCAGAAUUCCCAGGGCACAAUUCUCCACCCAAACCCAAAGACUUGUUCUCUUCAACCUUGACACCAUGUGAUUUCUAUCAAGAGUUUUCUGCCCUCAAUUUCCCAAAGACCUCUUUUGGGGGAGACUCUGCAGCCAAACUUAUAGAUCCUAGACACCUCUUAUUUCUCAGCUCUGAUAAGCAUGACUCAGUACAGCAGUACUCGUAUCCUAAGACCUGGGAGGACCUUUUAAAGAAAAAAAUUAUCCAGCUUUGCUGGGGUCUUCCGUCUUUGCACAGUGAGUCCUUGCCCUGUGCUGUCCAUGUCUCAGGUGACUAUUCCUCAGUCUUUAUUUUCAAUAGCAUCUCGAAUGACUCCACAGGCCAAGAAUACCAAGCACUUCCUUAUUUCCUACCUGCAUCCUUGCCUGAGGACCAACCUCAACCCUUGCCUCCAACCCUGCCCCAAUCCCAGCCACUACCUCUCACUCAGAUCCAACCCCAAGCCCACCUUCAAUCCCCACCCCUGAUCCUACCACCCAGUCCCACAAACCAGAUUAGAGUCUGUGGAGUACGUUUCCAUGGGCCCCAGAAUGAAUUACAUUUUCUCACCUCAUCUGAAAUUCAAGACCUGGAAUGGAAUGUGUUGAAGAAGAAACAGGAAAGUUUGUGGGGCUUACCCUCUGUGGUGCGAAGUUCACAGGAAGCCGCCUAUCCUUCAGCUCCCACCAUUCCUUACUGCUGGCGCCCCAGGGCUCCUGCUUCAGUCUCCAUCACUUUUGAAGAAUUUCCUCUCAGCAGUGAACUUCGAAAGAAGUUUGAGCAUCACCUUAGAAAGAGGCUCAUCCAACACCGGUGGGGGCUGCCCCGCAGGGUCCAUGAGUCCCUGUCACUGAUGAAGCCUCUGAGAAAUCGCAAAGACAUAUCUGAGUCAAAGAGCACGUAUGGCCUCUCAUGGAUCUCUAUGUACAAGGGCCAGUGUAGCAAAAAUAUAAAUAUUAGAUUGAGCCAAUCAGGAAGCUUCUGUGAGAAGGGCUCAAAAAUAUUUCAGCUGGAGGAGGAGGAGGAGACAGAUGAGACAGAUGAAGGAGAGAGCCAAGAAGAUGAUCCAAAAGAUCAUCUGCUGAGCGACUCUGAGAGUUCUUCAGAUACGGAUGUGACAAAUGACACUGAGAAAGACCUAGAUAGUUACAUGAUGAGACUGCCAGGAGGCAACUCAAUGUUAGGGGAUGAUAUAAGUCCGAAGCUACUGCAAAAGGUCCUGAAAACACAUCUGAGCAAGAAGUUACAGGAAAUUAAUAUGGGCAAGCUCCCUGGGACUGUGCAUAGUUCAUGGCACAGCAUUGUGCAGACUUCACCUGGAACACCCCACACCAAUGUAGCAUCGAGCAGUGCGCCAGCCCCAGUGGGUGGGGACUACUGCCUGAGUACAUGCCAGGAGCUUUCCUUCCUUGAGUCUAGUACACAGCAGUUGCUGGAAGCCCACAUUACCAGCUUUGGUAUGUGUAUGUUGUUGGGCCUUCCUGCCAAAGUCCUUGAGUCCAUAGAAAUCUUUAAAAAAGAUACUUCAUCCCAUUCCUUGUUCAGUCCAAAAUCUGGGGGAUCCACGCCCCUGAGAGGAAGCUCUGAAUCCCCUCAUGGGACUGAAAUGAAAACAGAAAAUUCAGCUUCUGUCCUGAAGCUCCCCCUCCCUGCCAUGGGCAGCGAUGGACAGGGGGCUCUGAGACAAUCACCCUCAGAUAUUAAACACGAAAUUGCAAAGGAAGUUCAGAGAGAUUGGAAUGCUGAACAGCCUCUUCUGCCAGUCACAGACAGCAUCAUUGACAACACAAUUCAGAGUUAUGCUCUGAUACCCGAUGUUCAACCCCCAAAGCUGCCCGCAAGGCAAGCAGGGACCAGGCAUGAGCCAAAGGAUAAUAGUGUGAAUGCCAGUAACAGAGCAGAAAUACUACAGGGCACAAAUGGGGAGAAGUCAGAACCUGCUUCCAUGCCCACUGUGUCCAGAGAGAUAGUUAGGGCCAAUGAACUCAGUUCUCUUCAAUCCACAACUGGUGAUAUCUUAACAACCAGCAAGCCAGGAAUUUCUCAAAAGAUAAAUGUGAAUGAGAUUAAAGGAGAGACUACGGUGACCACUGAAGGGUCCCCAGCAAAUCUAUUAGUUCUCCAAGAUCCCAAAUUAUGCUACGUACAGAAGCAACUCACUGAUGAGUUAAAGUCUAAUUUGGAGCAGGGUUACCACUGCCGGACCCAAAGCCAACCCACUGACAUGAGCCAUGACUCAGAUAGUUUUAUUUGCAAAGCCUCCCUGACUCAUGCUCAUAAUGUCUCUGGUGGGGACACAGGAGAUGUCCAGGUGCUGCAUGUCCAUUUGGAAGAAGGAGAAGUCAGUAUGGAGCAGCAGCAGGAACCUUGGGUUCCUAAGCAGGUCUUAAGGAUGUGUGAGGAUAAGAAUUCACCACCAGAUACAAAGAAAGUGAGACCUGCAGGCUCCCGAUCAGAAGAGCUUGGUGGAGGAGAUGCAGGGUUGAGGACUUCCCAAGCUAGAGGGAAGAGAUUUCCUCCUCAGGACAAAGCAUUAGAAGAGAUGCUUGAUGGGAAGCCUCCCCAGACCCUAUCACAGAUGGGACAGUCUCCCGAUAACCUUUUUGUAAAUAAAAUGAAGACCUUUUUUCAGUGGCUUCAUCCCAAAAGAAAAUUCACAGAGCAAGAACACUCCCAGAACAAGGGCAGGCCCAUAUCAUCUGCACAGAGCAGAGGCCCAGUCAAAAGUAGAACCCCCUUUCCUGGGAGGAUGGAAGUUCAGAGAGUCAGGUCUGACAUUGGGAAGUUCCCAGAAGAGAAACAGAGGCGUCGGCAUGCAGUCGAUACCACCUGCUUUCAAGAGCCCCUUCCCUUGGCAGUGGAGUUCGGGAAAGCUCAGCAGAAGGCAGCAGUGGGGGCCCGGGCAGAGCCUGUCCAGGGGCAUCCUUUCAACUCCAGGACUCCCUCCUAUAAAGUGACGAAUAUGAAAUCUGGCCUCCAAGCACCCGUCUUUGCUGGCCAGAGUUCCACAAGUAGCAGACAUAUCGGAAACGAAGGUGGACACCCCCAGAAAGUUGUGGCAUUAAAGCACCAGCAAGUAUGUCAAAAGCACCCCCAGUCUGUGCCCCGCAGGGGGACUGUGCCCCGUCCGAGCCCCACCUACAGGCCUCAAGCUGCCCAGGGACCUCCUGCUGCUCUCACCACUGCUGAAGGCACUGAGUUCAGAGAUCAGUCUCUACGACUUAGACCAAAAACCCUUUCUCAAAAUUUCCAGGGGAAAAAAUUUUCCCAGCCCCAAAUAAUUCCUUCCAUGUGA